AUGGCAAGCCGAGGCAACCAAAGUCGUUCUAGCGAUGAAGAACCUCGUAGAGAGCGAGAUCUUCGCGACAUAGAGAAUGAUGAGUUGCGGCGGCAAGUCCAAAAUCUUACCGAAAGGUUGGCUCGUUAUGAGCAAAACCCGAGUGAAGAGGAGGGCGGCACCACUGAAGAAGAUCGCAACACCUUCCGUGACCAAAGUUUACGUCGUGGUAGGAGGAGCAACUCUUCUUCAUCUCACCAACAUCGUCAUCAAUUUCGAUUUUCAGACAUCAGGGUAGACAUUCCUGAGUUUGAAGGAAAAAUGCAACCCGACAUCUUUCUAGAUUGGCUUAACACUGUUGAGCGGAUCUUUGACUACAAAGAGGUCCCCGAUGAGCUUAAAGUGAAGAUUGUAGCCAUCAAGCUUCGAAAGCAUGCAUCAAUAUGGUGGGAGCGCCUCAAGUUGCAAAGAGCAAAGGAGGGCAAAACCAAGAUUCGUACUUGGGAGAAAAUGAAGAAAGAGCUUCGCAAAAAGUACCUUCCCGAAAAUUACCUUCAAGAUGCAUUUCUCACUAUGUAUCAAUUCACUCAAGGGAUGCGAACCGUGGAGGAGUACACUGAAGAGUUCGACAAUCUUAUGGUUCGUUGUGGUGUAGCAGAGGCCGAAGAGCAAACAAUAGCUCGUUACCUUAGCGGAUUGAGGCGUGACAUCCAUGAUAUGGUACACCUCCAUUCUUUUAUUUCUCUUAAUGAUGUUAUUAAACUUGCUACUAAGGUGGAACGCCAACUUCAACAACGGCUAGAAAAGGGUUUAACAAAUGCUCCUGGAGGCCGAAAUUUCAAGCGUGAGGGCAUUCCUAACCGGGGGAGUGCAUCGCAAUCUCAUUCAUCUUCUACAUCUAAGCCAACCACGAUGGUGAAAAAAGAUGCUUCAUCUUCUUCUCGGCCAACAUCAUCUCAACCUCAAUGUUUCAAGUGUUCUGGCUAUGGGCACAUUGCUUCUGAGUGUCCAAAUAGAAGAGUGGUUUCUCUUGCCGAAGAAGGUGAUAGUGAAGAAAAUGAGUCAGACUCUAUAUAUGAUGAAAUUGAAGGAGACAUCACAUAUAGUGAUCAUGGUGAAGCUCUUGUGGUCCGUCGAACCCUGAAUUCAAUACGAAGCGAAGAUGAUCACAUGUGGCUCCGGCACAACAUCUUUCAUACUCGAUGUACGGCUCAUGGCAAAAUUUGCAAUGUUAUUAUCGAUGGAGGAAGUUGCGAGAAUUGCGUCUCAAUGGAGAUGGUGGAAAAGUUGAAACUCAAGACAAAACCUCACCACCACCCAUAUUCUCUUUCUUGGCUCAAGAAAGGAAAUGCGGUAAAAAUUUCCCAACGUUGCCUUGUUCAAUUUUCAAUUGGGAAAAAUUACCGUGAUGAAAUAUGGUGUGACGUGGUUCCUAUGGAUGCUUGCCAUUUACUUUUGGGGAGGCCAUGGUUAUUUGAUAGAAGGGUUGUUCAUGAUGGAUACAAAAAUACUUAUGCAUUCUUGAAGGAUGGUGUCAAAAUAACCCUUGGGCCUUCAAAAAUGGACAACACACCCAAACCCAUUAAGGGAGAGGGAAGUACCUUUUUGUCCAUGGCAGAGUUUGAAGUUGAAAUUCGAGAAGCCUCCCAAGCAUAUGCUCUUAUAGUGGUGGAAUCUAAUCCGGAGGACAAUUUAUUGCCACCCAAGAUUACUUCUUUUUUGCAGGAAUUCCGAGAUGUGACUCCCGAUGAAAUUCCUUCUAGUCUUCCACCAAUGAGAGAAAUUCAACAUUGCAUUGAUCUUAUGCCAGGUGCAACUUUACCAAACAAGGCGGCAUAUAGAAUGAGUCCCAAGGAGCAUGAAGAAUUGCAAAGACAAGUGAACGAGUUGGUGGCCAAAGGCUUGGUACGUGAAAGCAUGAGUCCAUGUGCGGUUCCUGCCUUACUUGUCCCCAAAAAGGAUGGAACAUGGCGCAUGUGUAUUGAUAGCCGAGCUGUUAACAAGAUCACCAUCAAAUACCGUUUUCCUAUCCCUCGGCUAGACGACAUGUUAGAUCAACUUGCCGGCGCUUGCAUCUUCUCCAAGCUUGAUCUUCGAAGUGGCUAUCAUCAAAUUUGCAUGAGACCGGGUGACGAAUGGAAGACGGCAUUCAAGACAAGAGAUGGACUAUAUGAAUGGCUUGUGAUGCCAUUUGGGCUCUCUAAUGCACCAAGCACAUUCAUGCGCCUCAUGAAUCAAAUCUUCAAGCCUUAUAUAGGUAAAUUUGUCGUUGUUUACUUUGACGACAUUUUGGUCUAUAGCAGGGAUCAAGAGCAACACUUGGAGCAUCUUAGACAAAUUUUUAUGACGUUGCAAAAGGAGAAGCUCUAUGUCAACCUUCGCAAAUGCGACUUCUUGACCGAUAGCCUAAUAUUUUUGGGUUAUAUGGUCACCGCCAACGGCAUCAAAGUUGAUCCUAAGAAGAUUGAAGCUAUCUCUAGUUGGCCGGUACCUCGUACCAUUCACGAGAUCCGGAGCUUUCAUGGGUUGGCCACAUUUUAUCGAAGGUUUAUACGACAUUUUAGUUCUAUUAUGGCCCCCAUCACAAAUUGUUUGAAAGGUGGAUCCUAUCAAUGGACUAUGGAGGCUCAAGAAAGUUUUGAGAAGCUUAAGGUAUUAAUGACAACGGCCCCUAUCCUUGCCUUGCCAGAUUUUGAAAAAGUUUUCGAGGUGGAUUGUGAUGCCUCUAAUGUGGGCAUUGGCGCAGUGCUUAGUCAAGAAGGACGCCCUAUUGCCUUCUUUAGUGCCAAACUUGGAGAUGGGCGAAAGAACUAUUCAACAUAUGAUAAAGAAUUUUAUGCUAUUGUUGAGGCUCUUCGUCAUUGGCGGCACUAUCUUGUGACUAAGGAAUUUGUUCUCUACUCCGAUCAUGAAGCCUUGCGAUUCCUCAAUACUCAACACAAGCUUAGUGCAAGGCAUGCCAAGUGGAUUGAAUUUUUGCAAUCUUUUACCUUCACCAUCCGUCAUAAAGCCGGAAGUCUCAAUCAAGUUGCGGAUGCUCUUAGUCGAAGACAUGCUUUGUUGUCAACCUUGGAGAUUAAGGUUACUUAUUUAAAGGUAACCAAUUAUGUAUUCCUAAUUGCUCUCUUCGCCAAGCAAUCAUCAAAGAAGCCCAUAAUGGAGGACUUGGAGGACACUUUGGCCGAGACAAGACUUUAA